AUGACUGGAGGUGAGGCGUUAGAGUAUUUUCGUGAGGAUCCCAACGCAUUUCGCUGUUAUCACAGUGGGUUUGCUGAGCAGGUGAAAAAGUGGCCAACGCAUCCACUCGAUAUCAUUAUAAAGUGGUUAAAAAUGCAACCAAAGCAACGCAUUGUGUUGGAUCUUGGAUGCGGAGAUGCCAAAAUUGCAGGUGUAGUGGGCGAUGUACAUAAAGUGCAUUCUUUUGAUUUGGUUGCUGUGAAUGACAAGGUAACAGCGUGCGACAUGGCGCAUUUACCUAUGGAAGAUGAUUCCGCUGAUAUUGCUAUAUUUUGUCUUUCUUUAAUGGGUACCAAUCUCACCGAUUACAUCAAAGAGGCGAGACGUGUGCUGAAGUUAGGGUAUGGCUGAAU